AUGUAUGCAACAAGACUCCUUUCCAUGUACAAAAGAAAUCCAAGUGCUCUAUCAGAUCCACCGCCAUCAGGGCCAAAUUCAAGUUAUCUUGUAAUAUUGGAUGAGGAAGUUCAAAACUACUCUUGUUUUGGCUUGUGCAAGGACAAUAGAAUCAAGGAUUUUCCUUUACCUCAGAACAAAAAUUUAACCAUCAACUAUUCAGUAGGUGUGAACACAGACACAACAAGUGAAACCACCCGAAGUGAAGAAGCCAUGUUCAUUCCAGUUCUGAAUCAACCAUUGUCUUCUAAUCGUUACUAUGUUAUAAGAAGGAAAGGGAAGAAUCAAGGACAAGCUAGCACAAGUUCAAAGGAAGAGGACAUGACCACAUGUUUAUGCUGCAGUUUUGUUCAUGAUGUUAAACCAAAACCUUUGGAGCCCUUCAAUGAUUAUCAACAGAUUGAAAUAAUCAAAAGAGGUUAUGGGUUUCGUGCGAAAUCGGUUGCUUCAGAUGGAAUUCCUCCUGGUUUAUUAAGGGAAAAAGGUUGGAAACUUGAUGCUAGUACUCCACACAACUACCAUUUAAGCCAAGCUUUAGGUUCAAAUGAUUCCUUACGCUCCAAGCUACCGAGUUUCAACUUUCCGUUGUCUAAUAAUUGUUCUGAAUCAGUGAUAGUUGGAAAAUGGUAUUGUCCUUUUAUGUUUGUGAAGGAAGAAAUGAAAUUAAAGGAGCAGAUGAAGAUGUCAGUAUUCUAUGAGCUAACACUUGAGCAAAGAUGGGAGAAGAUGUUCUCAAAGGAAAAUAUUGAAGAAGGUGGUGUGCUUGUAGAUGUUGAUAUUCAAACAGAAGUUGCUAAGGUUGCAGGAAAAGAUGCUGUUUGGGAUGAAAAUAGAUUGGUCCACGGAGUGGUUUGGUUUAAGAGUGGUGAAGAUGUGGGAGAAGAAAUGAGUGUUGGAUUGAGUUUGGAAGUUGUAGAAGGAAUGAAAUGGGAAGAAGAAAGAUUUGGAUGGACUUCUGGGAAGGGAAGACAAGUGAGAGUAGCAAAAUUUGAAGAGAUUGGUGGUACAAACAAGUGGAAGAAAUUUAGUUGUUAUGUAUUAGUUGAAAGAUUUUCAUUGAGAAGAGGGGAUACUAGAUUAGUUCUGACUUAUGAUUUCAGACAUUCGCACCAAAUUAGGAGCAAAUGGGAAUGA